GUUAAUAUACCUAGGUUCUUGCCUGGCGGUAUUGGUGAUCCACUGCUACUAGACACGGAAGCCUGUUAAGCGAAAGCUUCUUCUAUUCCGUCCGCAACCAUUUGAACCAUUUGAACGUCUCAGCGUUUUUUGUAAUUUCUCAGCGGUAACGGGUGUUGUUCAUCGCCUCCAGUGUUUUUUCGUCAUCAGCAGUCAGGAUUUGACUUCAGUGGCCGGUCUUCUACGAAAGACUGAAGAUGUCCACAACCGGGGCCCAUAGAUCGUCAAAGUAUAUGGAAAAACUCAGGGAACUUCACUUAAGAGUGAAUGAGGCUCGAAAAUCUAAUCAUACUCAAGUUGUUGAAGAAGACAAGCGAUCAAAACUUCCAUCAAACUGGGAAGUAAGACAAAAACGAUUACAAUGGGAGGAAGAAGAUGAACUAUUUAGAUUGGAAUGUAGUCAACAAAAAAUUGAUCCAGAUCGAAUGCGUGCAUUAAAUGUUAGUGCUGAGAUAGCCGAUCGUCUUGAAGUAAGACGAAGAAAAAAAUGUAAUACAGAUGAAGGAUUUUCAACAUACGCUGAUGCAUCACAUCGUAAAUAUCUUAAAAUGACUAAACAGAUUAAACCAGAUUUAAUUGCUUAUCAAAAGGAGAAAGAAAAAUUAGGAGAUUUAGCCUUUCCAACUGCUGAUACAAUAGGAUUAACAGAUCGCAAAGACACACCUGAAGCUGUUGAGCGUCUAGCUAAACAAAUAAUUGAACAAGGUAUCAAGCGUAAAGCUUACAGUCGGAGACGUCCAUUCGAUGCCGAUGCUGAUAUUGACUAUAUUAAUGAGCGUAACAAACGAUAUAAUGAGUUACUUGACCGACAUUAUGGGAAAUAUACAGCUGAAAUUAAACAAAAUCUUGAAAGAGGCACAGCGAUAUAAUUUACUUGGAAAACACUAUGUACAGUUCUUGUAUCGUAAAAGAAUUUAUCGCCUAACUCAUGUUUAUUUUGUCAAGAAGUGGGUUUGGUUUAUCGUAACUUUCAUUUCAUUUCUACAAAUUGUACAAGGAUGUUGAAUUUUUUUAAACAUUUUCUGAUUGAAGUUGGAUAUUUUAUUCGAAACACCUAUUAACAGUUGAAAUAAUUGCACUUUGAUUUCAGUGUGAUGUUAGAACUGAUGUGUUGGUUGUAUUUAAAUCGCAGCAAUUAAAUGAUAACUGCUAGAA